AUGCCUCUCCUCAAGUCGAAUAGCAAGAACUACUCCUACCUCGCUUCAGAUGGGGAUUCUACAAUGGCGCUGAUAGGCACGGGUGGUGACUACGCCAAGCUCGAAUCGGAGAAAAUUCCAUCCCAGGGUCAAACGGCGACCCCGGAAUUCGAAUUGCAGAGGGCCAGGAAGGUUGACAAGCCAGUUUAUCACAAGAAUUGGGAGGCUCGAUACUAUGCCACCCGUUGA